CAAAACUUCCACAACACACGAAGCAAAUCCUAAUUGAUAUUGUGAGUGCUUCUUUCUUGGAAGGCAUGGCUACCUAACGUCAUUCACCAGCACUGCUAAACAGAAAAACCUAUUUUGCCCGGACCUGCGCGCGUCGGGCUUACUAGGGCCGGUUCGGGAAAUGGCAUUGCUAGGUGGCAAGGUUGCUCAGCCAGGCGCACGAUCAUGCGCUGGGCGCUCACAGCGGCCGGUGGCGUCGUGUCACCAGUGGAGCGGUAGCAGCGGGUCGUGUCGCGCCAGGCGUGUUGCUGGCUUCGGGCCCGGCCUGGCGCCGGCGUCGCACCAGCCGCUGCCCGGUGGCCCCCUGGGUCGGCCCUCCUCGUCCUCCUCCUCGGUGCGGGUGCGCUCCGUGGAUCCCAAGCACCCGGAGCGCCCUACCUUCGGCUUCGAGCUGCUGGGCCCCAACUGGUCCAACCGCGCCAGCCUGAGCGAGGAGAUGCUGGGGUCGCUGCUGGAGCUGCCCGGCACACGCGGCAUGACCGACCUGAGGGCGCGCGCGGACGCACUGGCGGCAUGGAAGAUGGCGCUGCAGAGGGGCACGCUGCCCAAGAUGGAGGAGCUGGAAUGGCCGCAGGAGCCCUUUAGGAGCAAGUUCGCGGACGCGCUACGCAACAUGGAGAUGCCGCGCUUCACGCGGCGCUACCCCGCCAUCCUGGACACCCUCAUAAAGCAGAUGCUGGGGUUGGCGCGCGAGUUUGAGGAGAAGCUGGCGGCGGCGGAGCAGCAGCAGCAGCAGAAGCAGCAGCAGCAACAGAAGCAGCAGCAGCGCAGUCAGGGCAGUCAGAACCAGGAGCAGCAGGACCAGCAGCAGCAGAGCCAGGAGGCCAGUGCGGCGGGCGGCGGGGGCUCGGAGCAGCCGCAGCAGGGCGACGCGCCGCCGCCGGAGGAGAUGGAGAUCAACGAGGAGGAGCUGCAGCAGAUGAUGCAGGAGGCAAUGGAGCAGACCAAGAACGAGAGCAAGCAGCAGCAACAGCAGCAGCAGGGCAAGCAGCUGCAGAUCAGCCUGCAGGACAUGGAGGGCGAGGCCAAGCAGCAGCAGAACUCGGAGUCUCAGCAGGCGCUGUCGGCCCAGCUGGAGGAGAUUGCCGAGGACAUUGUGAAGCAGUUCGAGGCGAAGAUGGGCGAGGUGAUGGACAACCUGGAGACGGGCGAGAUGGCCUUUGACGACCUCAACUCUCUGCUGGACAGCGCGGAGGGCUUCGACCUGUCGCGCGGCACCUGGCGCCGCAGCGGCUGGCGCGAGCUGGACGCGCUGAGGGAGGUGCUGGAGAAGGUUCCUGAGCUUCGCGAUUUGGUCCGGCAGCUAGGUCGCGGCGGCGGCAAGGGGCCGCUGCGGCGGGCGCCCGAGGAGCUGGAGGCGCGCGGCUACCCGCCCGGUGUCAUCAGGUCGCCGCUGCAGCCCGAGGAGGUCCGCGGCCUGACCCGCUCCGGCGACCUGAGCCGCAUGCUGCCCAGUGAGAUGGCGCUGCUGGCGCACGGCUGGCCGCGCAGGGGCAGGCCGCAGACACAGCCCGCACCGGCAGGCGCGGGGCGGCAGCAGCAGCAGGCGGGCGCCUCCGGGUCCGGGUCCGGGUCCGGGUCCGGGUCCGGCACGCCACACGCGGCCGGGUCUGAGCCGCACAUCCCCGCCUCCGCCUCCGUCAGCAGCGGCGAGUUCGACCUGGAGGAGUACUACCUGCCUGGCGCGCACGCCGCACGCCGCCUGCACCGGGUGCGGCGCGCCGAGCGCAUGCUGCUCAGCUACGACCGCACAGGCUGGCUGGAGGACGAGCCGGCCCGUGUGACCAGCCGCAUGGAGAUCCGGCCCGCCGCCGAGAUGGGCCCCAUCAUCCUGUGCCUGGACACCUCGGGCUCCAUGCGGGGAGCGCGCGAGACGGUGGCCAAGGCGCUGGCGCUGGAGUGCCUGCGCGGCGCGCACCGGCAGCGGCGGCAGUGCUACCUGUACGCCUUCUCCGGACCCAACGAGGUCCAGGAGUUGCAGCUGUCUGUGGACGUGGACAGCCUGGACCAGCUGCUGGCCUUCCUGUCCUGCAGCUUCAUGGGCGGCACGGACGUGGACGCGCCGCUCAAGCUGUCGCUGGAGCGGCUGGCGAAGGCGGAGUGGGCGCAGGCGGACAUCCUCAUGGUCACGGACGGCGAGAUACCCAACCCCGACGACAAGAUCAUACAGGCCAUCUCCCGCGCGCACGAGGAGAUGGGGCUGGAGGUGCACGGGCUGCUGGUGUCCAGCCACGUGACGGAGGCCAUGCGCAAGCUGUGCACGGACGUGCACGUGUUCAAGAGCUGGAGCGCGGUGCCGGGCGGCCAGGACUACAUGUACUCGUGAGGGGGGGGGGCAGCAGGGCAAGGAUGGAGGAGUGGGGCAGGGGGGGAGGUGGUGGUGACUGCGGUGGACGGUGGCGGCGAUGCGGCGUGUGGCGGCGCGCGGUGAGCGGAUGAGGGCUGAGCUGUGUGGCUACAGCGGCUCACAGGUGUGGGGCUGGGAUUAGGCUUGAGGCAGGAGGGGGGCCACGGGCGCACAUUUGAUGGUGCGGCGUGAGGCGAUGGCAGGCCGCGUGAAAGCAGCUGCACGGCUGCGGCCGGUGAGGACAUGCAUGGCCAGCUGCCACAACCAUAGCCCAUCCACGCCAGCACGUUGCAGGCGCGAUUCGCAUUCUGCAUUGCACACCCCUCGCUAAGCUCAGCCGCCAGCCGCAACGCGCCCCCACACGGCGACACUCCUGGCAGAGAUGCAGGCACGGCUGGGCUCAGCACUCGUUGUUGCGGCGUCGCACAUGGGGAUGAACGAGGUUGAGCCCCUGGCGAUCCUGCACGUGCCGACGUGCGGGUGCUGCGCGGGCCGGCAACAGGUGUAGAUGUUACGAAUCCGCGUGAGCGUGCAUGGGGUGUAAAAACGUGCUAUGCUGCGUGUGUUGGGGGACGAAGUAUUUACUGGCGCACGUUAAGUCGAGUCACGGCGCUGGUGGUGGGGAGGCAACAGCGUGUUCACACAUGUCGGAGACGGAUCUGACACGCACCUGAAGGGCCACGUGGAGCAGUCAGUUCCAUGCAAACCGGAUGCGGGAUUGCGGGUUGAGGUAGCUGCCACCAAGGAGGAAAAGGAGGUGGCGGUAGCCUGGAAAAAGGACAAAAGGAGGUAGCGAGGGAGGCGCCCUGGUGGAAGGAAGCCUUGAGGGAUGCGGCCGCACAGAAGGCGGCCUUGAGGGAGCCGGCCGUGAGGGAAGGAGCUCCUGCAGGUUGGGCACUGAGGCACGCAUUGAGGGCAGGAGCGGAGGGAGGGAGUGAGGGACAGGCUGGGCAUUAUUCCAGCACAACAAUGGCCUCUGGAUCACCCCUUAAUUCCCGCAAUGUACCGGGCUGCCGGCUACGCUUGGCCCGGCGUGGCGCGGUGUAAGUCCGGUGCUGU